CGCGGGGGCGUGGCCGGACCGGCGCGAUGAAGGAGGACAAGGAGAACACUAGGCCUAAGGAGAAGCGUGGGGUCCCUGCGCUGCCCCCCGCACCACCCCCCGCGCCCGACGCCGAGCGGCCCAAGGAGAAGAAGGAGACGCUCAGCAAGGUUGUAAUUCGGCGCUUGCCUCCCAGUCUGACCAAGGAGCAGCUCGAGGAACAUCUUCAGCCUCUGCCUGAACAUGACUAUUUUGAAUUCUUUGCCAAUGAUUCCAGUUUGUAUCCUCACAUGUUUUCCCGAGCAUACAUCAACUUUAAAAACCAAGAAGACAUAGUACUAUUCAGGGAUCGUUUUGAUGGUUAUGUUUUUGUUGAUCACAAAGGUCAGGAAUAUGCUGCCAUAGUGGAAUUUGCACCAUUUCAAAAAGCUGCAAAAAAGAAGAGUAAGAAAAAGGAUGCCAAAACUGGGACUAUUGACGAUGACCCAGAGUAUAAGAAGUUUUUGGAAAGUUACAGUGCAGAUGAUGAAAAAUUAACAUCUACUCCUGAAACACUACUGGAGGAAAUAGAAGCAAGAAACAAAGAGCUAAUAGCUAAAAGAACAACUCCUCUUCUGAACUUCUUGAAAAAUAAGCAGAGACUGAGAGAAGAAAAGAGAGAGGAGAGGAGAAGGAGAGAACUGGAAAGAAAAAGACAAAGAGAAGAAGAAAGAAGAAAGUGGAAAGAGGAGGAGAGAAGGAAAAGAAAAGAAGCAGAGAAAUUGAAGAAAGUAGAAAGAUUUCCAGAGAAAGAAAGGGACAAAUCAAAAGAUGAACCAAAGAUUAAGCUACUUAAAAAGCCGGAGAGAGAUGAACGCGAUUUGGAGAGAAAGGAAAAGUCCAAGAAACUGGAAAAAGAGAGGGAGGAAAAAAACAUCGCUGCCCUAAGUACUGCAUCAGCCAAACGAUCUGACGGAGAGGCAAAAGAGGAGAAGGCAAAAAAGUCCGAAGAUGAGUGUGGAAAAGACUACAGGGACCGGGAUAGAGACUUUGAGAGAGACCGAGAAAAACUGAGGCGCCAAGAUGACGACCGCCGCAGACAGAAAGAGCGCUUUGAUAGAGAGAAGGUUUUCAGAAGAAAAGAGGAAGAGGUGAAGAGGGAGAGAGACUCGUUCAGAGAGAAAGGAAAGAAAAGUGAUCUUAUGGACUUUGCAAGUAAUCCCGAUAAAUUUGAGAGAGCAACCAAAGAUGACAAAAAAGAGGAUCCAAUUAAGAGAGAUCGGAUCAGAAACAAGGAUCGUCCAGCAAUGCAGCUAUACCAGCCAGGAGCCCGAAGCCGAAGUCGACUUUGUCAGUAUGAAGACAGUGCUGCAAAACCUUCAGAUCAGGGAACAGAUAAAAAACAGGAAAGCGAGACCAGUAACACAAAAGAGGAGUGAUUAGCACAUGGCCUUAUGUGUUCUGACUGUCUGCGCAGCCAAAGAGGAUGUCUACGCAAUCCGGAAGUGCCUUCAAAGAGGAGAAGGAAUGAAGGACGAAAAGGGGGCUUCAUGCUGUUGGAUGUUUCUGGUUCAAGAACCUCAGUUGCAGUUUCAGACCUUGAAAUGCAUUCUCAUUUGUAUUUUCAG